GCCUUGUAGAAGACUCAAAUGAUGAGAACAAAUGAGCCGAGCAACACCCACACUGGGCCUAAACCUCUCCAACACAAGCAUUGAUUUUCCUUUUGUUUUGUUGUCCUCUGGUUUUCCUAGCCGUCAGUAAACGGGUAAGCGUGGGGAGAGGAGACAGUGGGUGGCUGGGGAAAGAUAGAGAUUGCUUUGGCUAGUCUUCUUUUUUGGUAUUUUUGAAACUAUGGAACGGUAUGAGAUUUUGAAAGAAAUUGGGUCUGGGAAUUUUGGGGUAGCCAAGUUGGUUAAAGAUAUGUGGACCGGGGAACUCUUUGCUGUUAAGUUUAUUGAGAGAGGCCAGAAGAUUGAUGAACAUGUGCAAAGGGAAAUCAUGAACCACAGAUCAUUGAAGCAUCCUAAUAUUGUUAGAUUCAAAGAGAUUGUGCUAACACCAACACAUUUAGCAAUAGUAAUGGAGUAUGCUGCUGGAGGUGAACUCUUUGGGAGGAUAUGCAAUGCUGGUAGAUUUAGUGAGGAUGAGGCAAGGUUUUUCUUUCAGCAACUGAUAUCAGGGGUCAGCUACUGUCAUUCAAUGCAAAUCUGUCAUAGAGAUCUUAAACUUGAAAAUACACUCUUGGAUGGCAGCACAGCACCACGUGUUAAAAUAUGUGAUUUUGGGUACUCAAAGUCAUCUGUCUUCCAUUCACAACCAAAGUCUACCGUAGGGACGCCAGCUUACAUUGCACCUGAGGUCCUGUCUAAGAAAGAAUAUGAUGGAAAGAUUGCAGAUGUUUGGUCCUGUGGUGUCACCUUAUAUGUGAUGCUAGUUGGGGCUUAUCCAUUUGAAGAUCCUGAUGACCCGAAAAAUUUCAGAAAAACAAUUGUGCGGAUACUUAGCGUCCACUACUCAAUUCCCGAUUAUGUUCGACUUUCAAUGGAAUGUAGACAUCUUCUAUCUAGGAUAUUUGUAGCUAACCCGAAAAGCCUGUACUUUUCCCCUUUGCAGAGAAUAACAAUCCCAGAAAUUACAAACCACCCGUGGUUCUUGAAGAACUUGCCUAUAGAACUGAUGGAAGGUGGAAGCUGGCAGAGCAAUGAUGUAAAUAACCCAUCACAGAGCAUCGAGGAAGUAUUGUCCAUUAUUCAAGAGGCAAGGAAACCUGUCGAGGUCCCCAAGGUUAGUGCGCAUCUCCUUGGAGGCAGCAUGGAUCUCGAUGACUUGGAUGAUGAUGCAGAUCUUGAAGAUAUAGAAAUAAGUGGCGAUUUUCCCGGUAUUCCGGAGUUUCUCUAUUCGAAGAUGAAGUUCAACAUUGCGAACCCUACUACGGGGUGUCAAAAGAAACUUGAAAUCGACGAUGACCAGAAACUCCGAGCAUUUUUUGACAAGAGGAUUUCACAGGAAGUCAGUGGAGAUUCUCUCGGAGAGGAAUUUAAGGGCUAUGUUUUCAAAAUCAUGGGAGGCUGUGACAAGCAAGGGUUCCCAAUGAAGCAGGGAGUGCUAACUCCGGGUCGUGUUCGUCUCUUGCUUCGGAGAGGCACUCCUUGCUUCCGUGGGUAUGGUAGGCGCAAUGGAGAGCGGAGGAGGAAGUCUGUGCGUGGAUGCAUUGUCAGCCAAGACCUUUCUGUUCUGAACUUGGUUAUUGUGAAGAAGGGUGAGAAUGAUCUUCCUGGUCUGACUGACACUGAGAAACCAAGAAUGCGAGGUCCGAAGAGGGCAUCAAAGAUCCGCAAACUUUUCAAUCUCUCGAAGGAGGAUGAUGUCCGAAAGUAUGUCAACACCUAUCGCAGGUCAUUUACUACGAAAGCUGGGAAGAAAGUAAGUAAAGCUCCCAAAAUUCAGAGGUUGGUCACCCCAUUGACUUUGCAGAGGAAGCGAGGAAGGAUUGCAGAGAAGAAGAAGAGAAUUGCCAAGGCCAAGUCAGAGGCUGCCGAGUACCAGAAGCUUCUUGCAACAAGAUUGAAGGAGCAAAGAGAGCGUCGUAGUGAGAGCUUAGCCAAGAAAAGAUCCAGGCUCUCUGCCGCAUCUAAGCCAUCUAUUGCUGCAUAGGGGCUCGUUUAUCUCUUUGAGCGCGGGUCCAUGCUUUCCUCAAGUCAUUAAAUUUUGGUUAGAAGUCGAAUAUAAAUGAAAUUUCUAAUUUGUUUUUUCCAUUUCUGAAAUACUUUGUUAUGAUUGCCGUGUUUGUUUGAGUCGUCUUUGUUUCUGCUUUGCUCAGUGGAUGUUUUCAUCAUUGACAGAAUGGAGGUUUUCGAUUGUUGCAUCGUAA